AUGGCGGUGCCGGUGCCGGUGGGUGCCGGUGCCGCCCGCCAAGGGUUAAUGGCAGUCGGUGAAGUUGCCGGGCGGCGGCGCGGCGGGAUUGGCCCGAAGUUGUCGGGGCGGGCCGGGCCGUGCCGAGCCCCGCCGGGCAGCCAGCUCUGGCGGCCCGCGCCGCCGCCACGGGACGGGACGGGACGGGACGGGAGGGGCGGCGGGCGGUGGGCUCGGGGGGGCGGGGCUGCUGGCCACCGGGCCACCGGGCGCCCACGGGCGAGACUGAGCCGGGGAGCACCUCCCGGUGGGACCGAGCCCCCGGGCAUCCCCGACAGCAGCGAGCCCCCAGGUAAUGCCGAGCAGGCGAGCGGCCCCCGGUGCGCCGAGCCCCCGGGCAUCCCCGGUGGUACCUCCCGGUGGUACCUCCCGGCACCAAGCCCCGGUGGUACCGAGCCCCGGUGGUACCGAGGCACUGGGCAGCGCUGGGCGUUGGGCAGCGGGGCACCCCUCCUAAGAGACCCCCGGCUUGUCCUGCCCGGCAGGUUCCUGCGGGACGAUUACUCCAUCCAGGUGGCCAUCAAUGACUACCUGGACAUCUACUGCCCGCACUACGAGGGGGCGGUGCCGGCCGGCCGGGCAGAGACCUUCACGCUCUUCAUGGUGGAUCGGGAGGGUUAUCGCGGCUGCUACGAGACCCCCGGCGCCUUCAAACGCUGGGAGUGCAACCGGCCCCGGGCGCCCUUCGGGCCCGUCCGAUUCUCCGAGAAGAUCCAGCGUUUCACCCCCUUCUCACUCGGCUUCGAGUUCCAGCCGGGGGAGACUUACUACUACAUCUCCGUGCCCAGCCCCGAGAGCGCCGGGCGAUGCCUGAAGCUGCGCGUCACCGUCUGCUGCAGAGGCACCACGCCAGAGCCGGUGACAGAGGUGCCGAAUUCGCAGCCCCGAGGGCGCGGUGGGCCCGAAGAUGUGGCUCCUGCCCGGGGCACCGCGGUGCCAUCACAGCCCUGCAGCCCAUGCCUGACGCUCGUGCUCCUGGCCCUGCUCUGGAUCUGACCCCGGCGCUGCCCCUGGCGGGGGGAUGGGCUCCUCUGCCCCAACGCCGC